AUAUAUACCUAGUUAUUCCAAAAUUACAAACGCGUUUUCAACAGUGUGAGCAUGCAAAGUUUGAAUUUCUUGACACACUUAGUUAGCUAUCAACCUCUGUAUAUUAUUAUAAAUAUGUCUUCAUGCGGAUAUCUAUAUCACACAUAAUAGCCUAUAAAUACUCUCAUCCCUUCACUUUAUGAUUUCAUAACACUUCUACUACUUUAAUCUUCACAAUAUAAGUUAUAUAGUAGAAAAGCCUUGUUAUAUAUAUUAAUUUGUACGUACGUGUACUGAUUGAAUUCUCAUAUCAUCACUAAUAAUCAUCAUGUCUUAUCACUGUUUCAAAAUUGGGGUGUCUGAAUUAUGUUUUGUAGUAAUAACUGCAUCACUACUCAUGAGUAGUCCCACUAGUGUCAAUGCACAACUCUCUCAAACCUUCUAUGCAUCCACGUGUCCAUUGUUUGUGACCACCGUACGUCAAGCUAUGAGGCAAGCAGUUCAGAAGGAACCUCGCAUGGCUGCCUCUAUUCUUCGCUUGUUCUUCCACGACUGCUUUGUAAAUGGGUGUGAUGGAUCCAUACUAUUGGAUGACACGGCGACUUUCACAGGGGAACAAAAUGCUUUUCCAAACAGGAACUCAGUGAGAGGAAUGGAUGUGAUCGACGACAUCAAAGCAAGAGUGGAGAGGGUUUGCAGUAACACUGUUUCUUGUGCUGAUAUUUUAGCUCUUGCUGCAAGAGAAGGAGUCGUUUCGUUGGGGGGACCUUCAUGGGUGGUACCAUUCGGAAGGAGAGACUCAACAACCGCCAGCCAAAGCGACGCCAACCGAGACCUCCCCGGUCCGAGCUCAGAUCUCGCCACUCUCAUCAGACAAUUCGCCAACAAAGGCCUCAGCGCCACCGACAUGACCGCUCUCUCCGGUGCUCACACCCUCGGCUUGUCCCAAUGCCUCAACUUCCGCACACACAUUUACAACGACACCAACAUUGACUCAACCUUCGCCACCACACGCAAGGCCAACUGCCCUUUCUCUGGCGGCGAUACCAACCUUGCUCCCUUUGACACCACCCAGAACCGAUUCGAUAACGACUACUUCAAACAACUAAUCAAUAAGCGUGGACUUCUCCACUCUGACCAAGAGCUCUUCAAUGGCGGAUCUCAGGACUCCUUAGUAACCACUUAUAGUACCAGUCCGUUGAGAUUCUUCAAUGACUUCGCCAGUGCCAUGGUGAAGAUGGGUAAUAUUAGUCCUUUGACUGGGACCAAUGGCCAGAUUAGAAAGAGCUGUGGAGUGGUUAAUUAAUUAGAUAUAUUAAUUGCAUAAGUAUUGGGCCAUGCGUUAGGGUUUAAUGUUUAAUUGUAUUAUAUAAUAUUUAUAUAUCGAUACCUAAUGCGGGAAACCAAAAAAUACAAAGGAACAACAACAUAUGUAUUAAGCUCUUA